GGGUGUAAGAGAGCUUUAGUAGGGAUGAAGAGUUUGAUGAGAUAAAUUUGUGGAUUGUGGUAGGAAAAAAGUGGUGUGAUAUGGCACGUGCGAGGACAACGAGGAGCCAGUUAUUGGAGGUCCCAACUAGAGCACUAAAAAUCGUGCUACCCACAUGCCCUUCUUUUGUCUCCCCUAUAAUAACCCCUUUUUCUCUUCCUCAUCCUUCUUAUCUUCUUCCCCCCUUCCCCCAAAUUCCUACUUUUCCCCUUUCUCUUCUUUAUCUUAUGGCCGACUCCCACCGACGAACCUCCCCCACCACUACCCGCCAUCCCCAGCAACCAAGCCGUCUUCAACGCCGCGCUCCGGCCUCCCUCCAAAUCAAUCGCUCCGAUUGGAAGGUCGCCAUCCCUCUCUUGUCCCCCCUCGUCUCUCCUUCCUCUCCCAAAGAUAUCCAGAAUUGGACGCCCGAUUCCAGAGAAGCUUCCUCCGCUACUUCUUCUUCUUCUUCUUCUUCUUCUUCCCAUCAUCAUCAUCAUCAUCAUCAUCAUCAUCAUCAUCAUCAUCAACAUCAACAUCAUAAAGACCCAGAGGCGGAGAAGGCGCCGGUAUUCAAGAAAUGGCAGCAUCCGGCGGCUCCAUUUCAUUACGAUUCCGGUCCUAGGGCUCCCAGAUUCGUACCCGUUUAGAUUUUUUUUUUUUUUUUUUUGAAUUAAAAAGAAAUAAAAUAUGUUGAAUUAGAUCUGUAAUGAUAAGAAUUUGUAGUCCGUAGAUCUAACGGUCUGUUUUUGAGGAGCUUAUUGACUGCAACUUAUGGUUAACCACAGUUGAAUAUUUUUGUACAUUGUGUUUUAUUAGUAUUUUUAUUAUUAAUUGGUCA